AUGUCUGACACCAAGAGGCCGCAUGAGAACACACAGACGGACGCAGUUGCACAAGCGCUCGCAGGAACACUCGAACCACCAGUUCUCAACCAACGCAGACGCACCAAGCGCCAAAAAGUGCAAGCACCACCACCACCUGUUCCCAAUCGCCCUCGCCAAUGCCACUUCUUUUUGAUCUCCAAGAACAAGUACUGCAGUUUGACAACAAAGCUGGGCGUCAAGUUCUGUGGAGAACACUCCAUGCUCGAAACCCCUAACUCAUCAUCUUCAGACGCCGCUGGACAGGAGCCUUCCAGGAAGCGCAUCCCAUGCCCCUUUGACCCCAGCCAUACUGCCUGGGAAGACGACUUGAAGGCACAUUUGUUCAGAUGCAACGCAAGACCCAAGGAGAACUCUGCUCAUUUCUCGCUGGAUGUCAAUCUGUCUUUGCCUGCACCUGAGAGGCAGCCCACAGGAUUUGAAGUAUUGGAGUCAUCGACUACUGGCAAGAGUGAAGUGUUGGCAGAGCUCACUCAGGAACAGCUCGAGGCACUGAUUAAGAAGAUCCAGGAUUUGCAUGCCAAGCAUGUCCCGGAUAUCAGGACUGUUAUUCUUGACCACCCUGCCUUGAAUGAGCGCAAAAAAAUCGUCAAGAACAUCAAGCACGCACACCAACAGGCCUCACUCCUCGGAAACAUGAAGAGACUGAACAUGCUGGACGACCCCUCAACCUGCUACGUCGAGUUUGGAGCCGGCCGGGGAGAGUUGUCAAAUUACCUCAAGAUCGCAGUGGAUGAUCAUGGAACGGCGACAUUUGUUCUUGUGGAUCGCACGCCUCCCCGCAACAAGUUUGAUAGUGCCCUUUUGGGUCUGGAGGAGAUCAAGUCGUUGGUCAAGAGACAUACUAUGGAUAUCAAGGAUCUUGUGUUGGCAGAGGUCCCUGAGUUGAGGAGAGAUGUUACGGCAACUCAGCGGGAACCCCCCGUUAGCGAUACUACGAAGGAUACCCAGGAUGGCGAGGGGGAGGCAGAGACAACACCCAAGGAGGCUAAAUAUGUGGAAAAGAAGCCUGUUGUUGCUGUUUCUAAGCAUCUCUGUGGAGGUGCUACAGAUAUUACCCUUAAGUGCCUCAUCAACUACCAGAAAUCUGAGACGGGUCACAGCAAACUGGCUUCGCCUGUCAAGGGAAUCUUGAUUGCUCUCUGCUGCCAUCAACUCUGCCACCACUACAUGUACCCCAACCAGGAGUUCCUGAAGGAGAUCGAUAUCAGCCCCGAAGAAUUCGUGUACCUGACCCGUAUGAGCAGUUGGGCUGUUUGUGUGAACCAGACCCAGACCAAGUCAGAGACUGCCGAUGAGGAGGGGACUUCAAAAAAGCAGGCUAUUGGUGGUGAUGAUGAGCAUUGCAUUGUUGCCGACAAGGAGCUGGACCAACUUGGAUCGAAUAUUGCGCUGGAUUUCCAGGGACGGGAGAAACUUGGCCUGCAGUGCAAGCGGUUGCUGGAUAUCGGUCGUGUGCGGUACUUGAAGGAGCAUGGAUAUGACGCCGAGUUGGUGUACUACGUCGACAAGGAGACCUCGCUCGAGAACCUUGCCCUUAUGGCCGUGCCUUCAACUGCCUCAUCGUCAUAG